AUCAAAAAAGGGGGUGGGGUCAAAACUCUCACUUCUCAUUCCGCCUCACUCUGUCGUCGCCCCUUCCCAAUUCUCGCGAGACUUCAAGCAGCUCAGCUUCUGUGUGCAGCACGGUAGAGUCUAGGCCCAGGGAGGGGGAAGGGAAAAGGGGAGACCGUGCAAACGGCGUGGCCGCCAUCUUGUUUGUGCCCCCGCUUCGCGCGCGCUCCGUUCUCCGUGACGCACGCUUUCCCCUUCCUUCCGCCGUGCCUGGGCCUCUGCAUUGCUCGACUCCGCAGGAGCGCGGGGGCGGCUCCUGCUCUUCCUGGACUCCAGAGCAAAGGCGUGUGAGUGUGCGGAAGCUUCCGUGCGAGGGAGGGUGAGAGGGGAGCGGCGGCGGGGGGAGGGGCAGCGCUUCCCGCCUCCGCCGCAGACCUCACUUUCUCGCGCGGUCGCUGCUGUAGCUCGGUCCGGCCUGCACGCCGCCAUGUUGUGUUCUCGCCAGCCCCGACGCUGUCGUUCCCGCCGUCGCGCUCGUGGGGUCCGUGCGCCUCGUCGGCCCGGCCCGCGGGCUUUCUCCCAUUGGCGGAAGGCGACGGCGGGGGGGCUCGCUCGUGAUUGGUUGGUGGCGGGGAGGCCGCGGACCUGGCACCUUAUUGGUCGCGCCGGCUCCGGCCUAGGGGGUGAUGAAGGAAUCUGAGGGUGCGGGGAUGCGCGCGUCUUGGUCUAGGGCGGCGGGGGCAAUGAUCCCCUGCGGCGCAGGCGUAGGGUUGCGGCGGGGGUGCAAGCCUAGAGGCCUUAAGGGGGAAGAGAAGGUGAUGGCCUGGCAGGUGCUUUGGGGGUAGCCUGGGCUAUGGCCUGGAAUGGGGGACAUUCAUUUUCAUAGGUGCUUUUCCUGAUACAUAUAUAGCCCAACAUGGGAGUGUGCAGGCCCUCAGGGUUCCAGGCCUGGAAACACUGAAACCCAAGUGACCAGCUGAGGAUCUUCGAGAUCCAUGGGUGCCAGUGUGACCCAGUUUGGAAGUGGCCCUGAAGUCCACGGUGUGAGUGCGUGUUGUCGAAAUGUCCACAGAAGGAGGAUUUGGUGGUACCAGCAGCAGUGAUGCCCAGCAAAGCCUACAGUCCUUCUGGCCUCGGGUCAUGGAAGAAAUUCGGAAUUUAACAGUGAAAGAUUUCCGAGUGCAGGAACUCCCACUGGCUCGUAUUAAGAAGAUUAUGAAACUGGAUGAAGAUGUGAAGAUGAUCAGUGCAGAAGCCCCUGUACUCUUUGCCAAGGCAGCCCAGAUUUUUAUCACAGAGUUGACUCUUCGAGCCUGGAUUCACACAGAGGAUAACAAGCGCCGGACUUUACAGAGAAAUGAUAUCGCCAUGGCAAUUACAAAAUUUGAUCAGUUUGACUUUCUCAUCGAUAUCGUUCCAAGAGAUGAACUGAAACCUCCAAAGCGUCAGGAGGAGGUCCGCCAGUCUGUUACUCCUGCCGAGCCAGUCCAGUACUAUUUCACGCUGGCUCAGCAGCCCACCGCCGUCCAAGUCCAGGGGCAGCAGCAAGGCCAGCAGACCACCAGCUCCACGACCACCAUCCAGCCUGGGCAGAUCAUCAUUGCACAGCCUCAGCAGGGCCAGACCACGCCUGUGACAAUGCAGGUUGGAGAAGGUCAGCAGGUGCAGAUUGUCCAGGCUCAGCCUCAGGGUCAAGCCCAGCAGGCCCAGAGUGGCACUGGACAGACAAUGCAGGUGAUGCAGCAGAUCAUCACUAACACAGGAGAGAUCCAGCAGAUCCCGGUGCAGUUGAACGCCGGCCAGUUGCAGUAUAUUCGCUUAGCCCAGCCUGUAUCAGGCACCCAAGUUGUGCAGGGACAGAUCCAGACACUUGCCACCAAUGCUCAACAGAUUACACAGACAGAGGUCCAGCAAGGACAGCAGCAGUUCAGCCAGUUCACAGAUGGACAGAGGAACAGCGUGCAGCAAGCUCGAGUCUCUGAGCUAACGGGAGAGGCAGAGCCCAGAGAAGUGAAAGCCACAGGAAAUUCAACUCCCUGCACCUCUUCCCUGCCCACCACACACCCCCCCUCACACCGGGCUGGUGCCUCCUGUGUCUGCUGCUCCCAACCCCAGCAGAGCUCCACAUCCCCUCCUCCUUCUGACGCCUUGCAGUGGGUGGUGGUUGAGGUAUCUGGGACCCCCAACCAGCUUGAGACCCAUAGGGAGCUGCAUGCCCCUCUCCCAGGGGUGACCUCACUCUCUCCUCUCCACCCCUCGCAGCAGCUCUACCAGAUCCAGCAAGUCACCAUGCCUGCAGGCCAGGACCUCGCCCAGCCCAUGUUCAUCCAGUCAGCCAACCAGCCCUCCGACGGGCAGGCCCCCCAGGUGACCGGCGACUGAGGGCCUAAGCUGGCAAGGCCAAGGACACCCAACACAAUUUUUGCCAUACAGCCCCAGGCGAUGGGCACAGCCUCCCUCCCCAGAGGACCCGGCCGACCUCAGCGCCUCCUGCAGGCUAGGACACUGGUGCACUACGCCCCAUGCCUGGGGGCCGAGAUUCUCCAACUGAAAGACGCAAUCUUUUUUGCUUCCUUUUUUUCCACUUUUUUCUCCAAGGAAUCAAUAUUUCAAUAUGUUGAGCUGUGUGUCCAAUGCUAUGAAAUUAAAAUAUUAAAUAACAUAUUUAUGGCAUUUUCUUGAAGAGUGUGGUUGAAGAAAUACUUCUCCUUUUGCUUUUCUUUUUUUUUUUUUUUUUUUUUUUUUUUUUUUCUUACCGCCAUUUUUUUUUUGGAGCAAAUCUUCCCAGGGGUGUAUGGUAUUUCUUGACUCUUGGAACAGCUGCUGCCCCCAAGAUUUGCCAUGUUGUUCUGUUCUACCCUCAGAUGGAAUUAGGUGAAUGUGUGUAGCUGCUUUUUCACUAGUGGUCCUCUCCCCAUCCCUUGCUCUUACCCUAGAGCUCUGUGUAUUUGCAUCCAGAAGCCAUGGAAACAUUCUUUGCAUUUAAGAGACAGAUGUAUUCCCCAUGGAGAAUGAGUGGGUUCAUUGCCACACUCUUUUCUUCCAGGGGACCCAGGAGACUAAGGACUUUGUGCGUUUGCUGCCCACCUCCCCUUUAUUUUUUAAAUGCAUUAAAAACUGUGCUAGUCGCCUUUGCAUGGAUUUCAAACUGCAUGAAAUGCAAUAAAUCUCAUUUUAGAUAA